GUCAGACGCAAAUUAUUUGUAGUCUUUGCGCAAUAAUACCAUUUUGCAUUUUUAUUUGACACACAACCAAACAAAAAUGAGGGGAAUUCGCACAACGGAGCUCCCAGAAGACUUCUGGAUCCCCAUCCCUCUGGACACCAACAACAUCACAUCCCUGAGCCCGUACCUGGUUCCCCAGGAUCACCUAGGGAGCCCAGGUAUCUUUUAUGCCAUGUCAGCAUUUAUGUUAUUCCUCUUUGUGACCGGUACAGCCAUCAAUACCAUCACCAUCGCAUGCACUGUUCAAUAUAAGAAGCUCCGGUCUCAUCUGAACUACAUCCUGGUGAACUUGGCCGUGUCGAACCUCCUCGUUGCCUCCGUGGGCUCCUUCACCUGCUUCUACUGCUUCGCCUUCAGAUACAUGAUCCUGGGUCCACUGGGGUGCAAGAUUGAAGGAUUUACAGCAACUCUUGGUGGUAUGGUGAGCCUGUGGUCUCUCGCUGUGGUAGCGUUUGAGAGAUGGCUUGUCAUCUGCAAGCCACUCGGGAAGUUCACCUUCCAGUCUCAUCAUGCUAUCGCUUGCUGCGCGAUGACUUGGGUCUUUGCUUUGAUGGCUGCAGUUCCUCCUCUGGUUGGAUGGAGUAGGUACAUCCCAGAGGGCAUGCAGUGCUCCUGUGGACCGGACUGGUACACGACCAACAACAAGUUUAACAACGAGUCCUAUGUGAUGUUCCUCUUCUGCUUCUGCUUUGCUGUCCCGUUCGCCACCAUUGUUUUCUGCUACUCGCAGCUGCUUUUCAUGCUGAAAGCGGCAGCGAAGGUCCAAGCAGAGUCUGAGUCCACCCAGAAGGCAGAGCGGGAGGUGACCAGGAUGGUGGUCGUCAUGGUGCUGGGCUUCCUGGUGUGCUGGAUGCCGUACGCCUCCUUUGCUCUCUGGGUCGUCAACAAUCGUGGGAGUCCGUUUGACCUGAGACUGUCGACCAUACCCUCCUGUCUGUCUAAAGCCUCCACAGUAUACAACCCUGUAAUCUACAUCCUCCUCAAUAAACAGUUCCGCUCCUGUAUAAAGAAGAUGCUGGGGAUGAGUGACAGUGAUGAUGAGGAGUCCUCGACGAGUCAAUCGGUCACUGAAGUCUCUAAAGUCGGAUCUUCUUAGGUGGUUCCCGGCUCCUUUUGUUGACUUACAUAUUGUAACACAGAACGAACAAAUAUUAUGACAAAUGGAAUUAUAUUAUUAUUAUAUUAUUUGAGUUAUAUGCAAGGAAAAAAUGUUAUAAAAAAAAAAGGAGAGACAAAUAAAUGCCAGUUGCAUCUUUACCAGACUAUUUAUUCCACAUGUACAUGAAAAAAAUGUAUAUUCUGUUAGUCUUCUGUACUGAAAUCUUGUUUUUCUUACAGGAAAUGAAGAUGUGUAACUUAGGUCACUUGAAACCCAUAGUAGUUAUUACCCAAUUAAUGUUUGCAGGCAAAUAAUUAUAUAAUAAAUAUUUGUUAAUGAGUUUGAAAAGUUGUGCUGUAUUUUUUGUAUAGGGAUUUACGUGUCUAUAUACAACCUGCAGUCUAACAGAGAAUUACUGUAAUAAGCAGCUGAUCUACAACUUUACAGCUUCUAUCUGUGCUUGAGAAACAAUUGCUGACAAUAUGGGCAAACAUUGUGAUCAACUCAUGAGAUAGUUUCUGAGAUUAGUUGGAUAAACUUGGGAAGAAAUAUAGUCCACAUAUGU